AUGAGAGAAAAUGUUAAAGAUGCAAUUGCACUUAUAACUGGCAACUGCCACUCUCCGGUUUGUGUCGACACUGUGCAAUGUCGCUGGAGUGUCCUCUCCAGUGGUCAGGUAUCUAUUGCGUUUGCCCUUUUGGUGGCCGUGGCGUCGGCGAUUCCUGAAGAAGGCUACAACUACCAGGCACCAGGAGGUCAGGGAUCUCAGUUCCCUACUGGGGAGGGACAGGUACAGUACCCCUCCGUGCCCGCUCAGUACGCCUUCCAGUGGGACGUGAACCAUGAGCCUUCAGGGAACUUUUAUGGCCACAAAGAGCAGAGGGAAGACGCCAACACUAAGGGAAGUUACUACGUCCAGCUGCCCGAUGGUCGACGUCUUCUGGUCGAGUAUUACGUGGACGCCACCGGUUACCAUCCCACCGUCACCUUCGAGGGAGAGGCGCAGUAUCCUUCAGGAGGGAAUCGGGGAUACGGCCAGUCCGGUCAGGGAUCGAGCCAAGGAUCUCCCUCGCAACUAGAAAAAGACAAUCCUAAUUUAGACAGCAGAGUUUUAGGAACAACAGUGUGGUUAGUGGCAAUAUCCACCAAGCUUAGAGGACGCUCGAGGGAGACGCCCAGUACUGUUGUCAUGAAGAUGAACAACAGCAACAGUUAUAAUGAAGAUGGCACAAUCACAAUGCAUCAUAUAAAAGCGAGCUUCCACGUCCAGCCGCCAGUUCUCUUCGCACUCUCAACCGAAGCAGAAAUGAAGGUAUUUGCUGUGUUUGCCCUUUUGGCGGCAGUGGCGUCGGCGAUUCCCGAAGAAGGCUACAACUAUCAGGCACCAGGAGGUCAGGGAUCCCAGUUCCCUACCGGGGCGGGACAGGCACAGUACCCCUCCGUGCCCGCCCAGUACGCCUUCCAGUGGGACGUGAACCAUGAGCCUUCAGGGAACUUCUACGGCCACAAAGAGCAGAGGGAAGACGCCAACACUAAGGGAAGUUACUACGUCCAGCUGCCCGAUGGUCGCCGUCUUCUGGUCGAGUAUUACGUGGACGCCACCGGUUACCAUCCCACCGUCACCUUCGAGGGAGAGGCGCAGUAUCCUUCAGGAGGGAAUCGGGGAUACGGCCAGUCCGGUCAGGGAUCGAGCCAAGGUUCUCCCUCGCAGUCAUAUGGCGUUCCCUCUAAAUAA